AUGCUUCAAGGCUACAGCUCUGUGUUCCAGGCCCUGCUGGGGACCUUCUUCACCUGGGGGAUGACCGCGGCUGGGGCGGCACUCGUCUUCGUGUUCUCUAGUGGACAGAGGCGGAUCUUAGAUGGAAGCCUAGGCUUUGCUGCAGGGGUCAUGCUAGCAGCAUCCUACUGGUCCCUGCUGGCCCCGGCGGUAGAGAUGGCCACGUCCUCUGGAGGCUUCGGCUCCUUUGCCUUCUUCCCUGUGGCUGUUGGCUUCACCCUCGGAGCUGCGUUCGUCUACAUGGCUGACCUCCUGAUGCCUUACCUCAGUGCAGCGGACGACCUCCAGACAGCCUUGGCACUGAACUUGGAACCGCACCUGAUGAAGAAGUCUGACGCAGAGAGCCCCACGCUGCUCUUCUCUGAGAGCGAGCUUUCCAUCCGGAUAGGUAGAGCCGGGCUUCUUUCAGACAAGAGUGAGAAUGGUGAAGUGUAUCAGAGGAGGAAGGCGGCCGGCCUCCCCGAGGGUCCUGUUCCCCUCGUACCCUCCCGAGGGAGCCCCGCACAGCCCGGGGCCGGCAGCUGGAGGAGGAUCGCUCUACUCAUCCUGGCCAUCACCAUCCACAACGUCCCAGAGGGUCUCGCGGUUGGAGUUGGAUUCGGGGCCAUAGAGAAGACUGCAUCUGCCACCUUUGAAAGUGCCAGGAAUUUAGCCAUCGGAAUCGGGAUCCAGAACUUCCCGGAGGGGCUCGCCGUCAGCUUGCCUUUGCGAGGGGCUGGCUUCUCGACCUGGAGGGCCUUCUGGUAUGGGCAGCUAAGCGGCAUGGUGGAGCCCCUGGCGGGCGUCUUCGGUGCCUUUGCGGUGGCUCUCGCUGAGCCCAUCCUGCCCUAUGCGCUGGCCUUUGCGGCGGGAGCCAUGGUCUACGUGGUCAUGGACGACAUCAUCCCAGAAGCCCAGACCAGCGGCAAUGGGAAGCUGGCGUCCUGGGCCUCCAUCCUGGGAUUUGUGGUGAUGAUGUCUUUGGACGUCGGCCUGGGUUAG